CCAAUGUCCUGCGUUCACUAAAAUUCACUUCAAAGGACUGACUAUUAAGAGUCUCAGUACAUAUUGCGAUAGGCUGAAAGACCAAAUGGCUAACUUCAGCGGCGACUGGUUGGAACCGCUGACUGAGUUGACACACUUCUACGGCGCUCAUGUGAGAUUGCCGCCCUUAUGUUCUCCCAACCAGCUGCGUAACGUGACGGUGUGGGGGAGCACCAUCAGCGGGGGGUACUGCGGGAGACUGCAAAACCUCUCCUUGAGUGAUGUCACGUGGGAGGGGGCCGCGAGUACCUGGAGUUGGCUCGCCAGCUGUACCCACCUGCGAUAUCUCAAACUCGACAACAUAUUCAAGAAGCGGACGGCGUCCAGUGGCGCCGACACACUAGAGUACAGCGACCUGAAGUGGAUGGGAGAGAGGCGGCUGCAGUUGACGCUGAGUAAAGUCCAGAGCAUCUCGUACAACAUGUCCCACUACUGGGAGGUGGUCCGCGGGAACUGCACAGAGCUGGCCGUGAACAUCUCCGUACGUGGGUCAGUGAGGUGCGACUGGCGUACGUAUUGGUUCGCGCGGACGCUGCAAGCGUGUCCUCGCCACGUGGUGUGGGGGGCCGUUCCCAGCUGUACGCAGCUGUACGCGCGCGUACCUCUGCCCGCCAACCUCACGAGCGUGCGGCCGGAACACAUGCUGCGUCCACUGAAGGAAGAGCACAUGUGCGCGGACGGCUGCAACUGUUACUGGAGCGAGGAGGAAGGCAGCGGCGUCGUCGCCGACUGCUCGCGCCGCGCCCUCACCCGGCCGCCGGCCAUACCGCGCCUCGUACUCCUGCACGCAGGCGGCAACUACAUUCACACCGUCCACCGCGACUACCUCAACGACACCCUACUUGAGUUGGACCUCCGGAACAAUAACAUAUCGGCCAUACCGGCGGAGGUGUGUGCGAGGUUGUUCUCUGUUCCCGAGCGGCUCGUAAUGCUCGCCGGGAAUCCGCUGCAGUGCAACUGCGACAACCAGCCGCUACUACGUGAACUCUUACACCACAGAGACCAGGUGGACUACCAACACCUGAAAUGCGGCGACGGGAAGUUGCUGAGCACCAUUGAUGUACAGAUGUUGUGCCUGAUAGGUAAAGAGAUACAUAACACAAAAGAAACACAAUUAUUAAACAUGAUACGAAAAGAGAUCUAUAUCGUACUGAGUGUGUUGUUGCUGGCCGCCGGAUACGUGUACUCUGACAAAUUGAAGGAAUUGAUACGCCUAUGCAGGCGAAAGCUGUGCCAGUGCUGCAUGAGGGAGUAGGACCUCCACGCAGUGAUAGGGAGUUUGCGUACGAACUGUUGGUGCUUCAGCUGCUGUCUGGACCGUCCCCGUUCAAGCUGUGCGUCCACAUGG